GCAGUUCUUUCUUCAAGCAGUUAACGUUUGGUGAUUGUUUAGAGCAGACGGUUUAAAAAUUUCAUGAGGUAACGAUGAAAUUUUUGUUUUUGGAUGUAUUGGCACUGUGUUGGAUGGUGGUGACUUGUGAGGAAACCCAACGCUUUCAGAAAAGGAAUCUUCCUGAAACUGUUCCAGAGAAGUUAGUACUGGAUCCGUGUAAAACAGCUAGUACAUCCGGGGUAUUCCAAAAUCAACAAUUGAACCAAAAUGUUUUCUGCGAAAUGACGACUUUUGGUGGUCGUUGGAUAGUGUUUCAGCAGCGAAUUCCCGGGCAAGUUAAUUUCGAAUUAAGUUUUAACGGUUCCUUCGCUGAAUAUCAGACUGGGUUUGGCACCGUUGGAAAAGAUUCGGAAUUUUGGCUGGGGCUCGAGGCCCUCCAUCAAAUCACAUCCAGUGGAGAUUAUGAGUUGGUUGUCGAGUUGAAGGAUGAAUAUGAAAAAUACGGAUACGCUCGAUAUUCUAAAUUUCACGUUGCCGGAGUGGAUGACAAGUAUCGGCUUACAGUUGGUGGUUAUUCGGGGACUGCAAGUGAUGCGUUAAGCCAACAAAAUAAAGCGCAAUUCUCGACCUAUGACAGUGACAACGACAACUCCAGAUGGAACUGUGCCAAGGACACUUGGAGUGGUGGCUGGUGGUACAACAAAUGUGACGAUGAGAGUGCUCCCAACUUCCAAAUUGGACCAUUUUGGCCUAAUUUCACCGGCUACUACGGGACAUACACCAGAAUGAUGAUACGUCGUAAAUAGUAGCUAAGAGUUGAAAAUAAUAAAUAAAACCUUAAAUAUUAUCGAUGAUUCCUGAAAACUUAAAUUAUGAUCUGUUAAAU